AUGGAGGUGAAGAACGCGACAUCGUUCGACUGGUACCACUCCUUGCCUACGAGUGAUCUGAACGCGCACUUCAAGAAGUGUAACCAAACGCUGGACGAACUGCCCGGUACCGACCUCACGCACGCCCAGCAGCAGGCCCUCCUCCACCAGUAUCAGGACCAGCUCAAGCGAAAAAGUGCUCUGAUCGCCAAGUACCAAAACCUGCCAGUGCUGCAACAGCGAUACACAGACGACGCCGAGGACAACGGCAUGCACGAAUAG